AUGUCGGAAGAUGUUGUUUCAGAACAAAAAGUCUUUAUGAUGGACUUUUGUGUUGCAGACAAUAACAGCCAAGUGUUUGUCAAUGGAAAAGUUUGCAAGGAUCCAAAGUUGGCUACUGCAAAGCACUUUUUCUUUCCUGGUCUCGACGAGCCUGGCAACACAAGCAACCCUCUAGGCUCCAAGGUUACCCCGGUGUUUGUAAUGCAACUUUCAGGGCUCAACACUCUGGGCGUCUCCAUUGCGCGUAUCGACUUUGCUCCCAGGGGCCAAAACCCUCCCCACACGCACCCACGUGCCUCUGAGAUCCUCACUGUCUUGGAAGGGACUCUAUACGUUGGCUUCGUGACCAGCAACCCCGAUAACAGUUUGAUUAACAGGACGUUGAAUAAGGGAGAUAUCUUAGCGAUCCCGCAAGGCUUCAUUCACUACCAGCAAAAUGUGGGUUCUGGCAAUGCUGUGGCCGUAGCAGCUUUCGAUAGCCAGGAUCCAGGGGUGAUAACCAUAACUAAUGCUGGGUUUGGAGCCAACCCGCCUAUCUCUGAUGCUGUUCCUACAAAGGCCUUCCAAAUAGAUAAAAAAUUGGUGGAUAAACUCCAAUCCAGCUUCUGGAUGGAUAAUAACUAA